CCUCAGUCCUCUGUGCUGUGCAACACUGUGCAUGCCACCAUACAGUCAGUCGAUAUUACAGGCACACUGACAGUCAUGUGUCUCGGGGACUGCAGAAAGCCAAAAGUGCCUAAGCUGACAAGAAAGAGAGCAGCACCGCUCACUGUCAGUCAGGUGAUGCUGUGUCUGUCCCUGGUGUUUACGCUAUGCGUAGGAGUCUCCAACGCUCGCUGUUCCAGACGUUCAAAGGAGAUGCUGUGCGGUUCGGAACUGGUGGACAUGCUGCAAUUCAUCUGUGGGACCAGAGGCUUCUAUGUCAGUAAACCAGGUUCAAUUCGAAGCAAAUCUCGGCCCGGUAUAGUGGAGGAAUGCUGCUUCUGUGGAUGCAAUGUUUCCAUAUUAGAAUCAUACUGCGCUGCUCCGAUCACUAACACCACUGGCAGAGAGGAACAAAAAUCAUAGGAAUGUUCUCAGGACUUCCAGAAAGUUAUCUCUUGACUAUGAAGCUGAUUAUAGGAUGAUCAAAAAAUCCAACCAAAGAGACUUUUUGGCUGCCGUGAAAAUGUGCAAUAAUAAUGUGAUGAAACUGGGAAGAAAACCUCAUCAAAUGAAGAGAAAAUUGUCCUGAGCUGUGUGACCCUACGUUAAAAAGCUGAGUUCACAA